AUGGAGUCCGUCCGUAUAGUGGGGUGCUGUAAUGGGCUGGUCUGCUGCUGCAUUGAUCUCAGGAGAGGGCGUUUCUUACUAUGGAAUCCUGCCACCAGAAUCUCCAUGGAAUUACCACAAUUGGUAUUAGAGAAUAGAGACUGGCCCUCGUCCAUAUCCGGAUUCGGUUGGAAUGAAUCGAGCGGUGCAUACAAGGUGUUUGUGGUUUUGCGUAGCAGUAGAAAGUUUAUGGGUAGAGUUUAUAGUUCAAACACAAAUUCAUGGAAAACAGUCGAGUUUUUUGAUAUCGGUUUGAUACAUAGUAAGGCGCAUUUUGUGAGUGGAAAGCUUCAUUGGCUUCACAUUAAGAAUACAGAUGAGACGGAUAAUUAUGAAAUUGCUACAUUUGAUUUGAAGAAGGAGGAGUUUGGAGUGAUGAAGCUUCCACGUGGCGCAAAAUCAGUGCGCUUGGGCGUGAACGAGGGUCGCCUUACCAUGAUAUUAGAAAAGAAGAGAACAGACUUUGAUGUGUGGGUAAUGAAGCAGGAUUGUUGGGUGAAAGUGAGGGAUGGUGUUGUUUAUGAGCCUUGUGAAAUUCUUCCAUCCGUAGCCCCAUUUUGCGCAGUCGACGAGGUGGAGAUUCGGCUAGUUCGAGGGUCGAAUUUUAAGCUCUACGAUCAAGCACGAGAUGAUGUGCAUUCGCAGAUGAAGAAAAUUAGAGAUUCCUUGCAAACGCAUCUCUACAUCGAAAGUUUAGUCUCUCCGGUCCCCGACAAGAAUCUGUGCCGAGCGAUUUGA